AUGACUUCCCCUGUCUCGCGCUUCUCCCCCUUCUCACCCACCCGGAGGGGGAGGAGCUCGGGUUCCGUCCACUCCCAGGAGCCUGCCGCUCACGAUGCCUCCAAUGGCGUAUCGGCGUUGAGCCCCCCAAGCCACCAUGAUGCCCGCCGUCUGUCGUCGUCGCUCACCACCGCCAGCCAUCGGGAGCCAAUCCGGUCAUUUAUCCACGGCAGCGUGCGAGACCAACCCACCCCCGUCGACAGCGCUCAGUACGCGCGGAGCGUUCGUGAGGACACGGCCGAGCUCGCGUCUUAUCUGCUAUCCGACCAGAGCAGCCGCCUCACCGCCCCAGCUUUCUUGAAUCGCCAAAGGUCCAACUCGAAUCGUCUACCACGCGAGGUUUCACGGCCGUCAUCCAACUCUGCGUCAGACGACGUCGAGGCCGGCCCGACCAGAGACGCGGGAUCCACUCAGGAGGUCCCAGACUUGCCUUUUGACGGUUCUUUGGAGGAAGAGGACUUGGACGCAGCUGGCCCUUCCAUAAUCUCUAAUAUGCUGCGACGAUCACCACCCGAGUUCCCGGGUUCGCAUGCGGACCUGGAUGGCAGCCCCGCCCCUGGGCGGACUCUCCAUGUUGCCCCGACGGCCACCGAUUCCCACGACUGGGAGGCGCAUCAUAAGCAGGGUCGGCAGGAUGUGGAAGCCGAACUCUUGACCGAGACCACGCCGCUCCUGUCUGUGAGGUCCCACCACAGCCCAGCCACGUCCGAUCCCGGUCUUGAUUCGGAUCUGGAAGAUCAGAAGUUUCCUCAGCCUAGACCCUGGCACAGCGCCAUUUCCAAUACCGGCCGUCGCAUUGCUGGCGCCGCUUCCUCACUCGUCGAUGCGGCUCGCGACCAACCGACCUCUCUCAACCGCAGAUCGAUGUGGGAAACUCUGGUGGUAGCCCCAGUGUCAUGUCUGCCUGCCGUUAUCGUUGGCCUCUUGCUCAACAUACUUGAUGCGCUCUCGUACGGUAUGAUUCUUUUCCCGCUUGGGGACCCGGUAUUUGCUAGCCUGGGACCCGCUGGCAUAUCCAUCUUCUACGUCAGUACCAUUGUGUCGCAGGUUACAUAUUCCACGGGCUCGGUCUUCAGGGGCGGCAUCGGUUCUGAAUUGAUCGAGGUCGUCCCCUUCUUUCACGCAAUGGCCUUUGCGAUUCAUACCCACAUUGGGGACGGCAACGACGUUGCCGUGAUUGCCAGCACUAUAGUGGCAUACGCCCUGAGCUCCAUGCUCACUGGCCUCGUAUUUUAUCUCAUGGGCCUCUUCAGAUUUGGCUACCUUGUUGGCUUCAUCCCGAGGCAUAUCCUCGUUGGCUGCAUCGGUGGUGUGGGGUGGUUUCUCGUUGCCACCGGUUUUGAAGUCUCGGCUCGCAUCGACGGGAGCCUCGAGUACAACCUCGAGACUCUACACAAACUGUCUAGGCCUGACACUAUUCCUCUCUGGGCAACUCCUCUGGUGUUGGCACUGGUUCUCUUCUACUGCCAGAAGAAGAUACAGUCCAAGUUUUUCCUCCCACUGUACAUCUGCGGCAUCCCGGUGGCCUUCUAUUCUAUCGCUUUCGCCCUCGGCAAAUUGGAUAUGGACGCUUUGCGGGAAGCCGGCUGGGUAUUCAAAGGCCCUGCUGCGAAUGAGCCUUGGUGGCACUUCUACACGCUUUACGACUUCACUGCUGUUCGAUGGGAUGCAGUCGUACAGACCAUUCCCGCCAUGUUUGCACUUACUUUCUUUGGCAUCCUCCACGUACCUAUCAAUGUCCCCGCUCUUGCGAUAUCGACCGGUGAGGACAACGUUGACCUCAACCACGAGCUCAAGCUCCAUGGCUACUCCAACUUCCUGUCAGGCCUUUGCGGCAGUAUCCAGAAUUACCUCGUUUACGCGAACACCGUCUUCUUCAUGCGCUCGGGGGCUGAUAGCCGGCUGGCCGGAUUCGAGCUCGCGGCACUGACUACUGUUGUCAUGAUGAUUGGGCCUAAACUCAUCGGAUACAUCCCAAUCUCGAUGGUCGGCUGCUUGAUCUUUGACCUCGGCUUUGAGCUUCUCCUCGAGGCCCUGUGGAGUCCCCGGAAGAAGCUCAAGAGGCUCGAGUACCUGACUGUCGUCGCCAUUGUUCUCAUCAUGGGGAUUUACGACUUCGUUACUGGGAUUGGGGUCGGAAUACUGAUGGCGUUUGUGUCCAUGAUCUUCCAGACCGCACAGGUGUCGGCAGUCAGGGCUGGCUGGUCGGGUGACGUGGUCGGGUCAACAGUGCGACGCAAUCCCUCGCAACAGCACUUCCUUCAGCAGGUCGGGCGUCAGAUCUCCAUCGUCAAGCUUUCCGGCUACCUCUUCUUUGGCACCAUCGUUGGGGUGGAGGAGACGAUCCGAGAUCUGAUCACGGACGAGGCGUUCCGACAGAGGCCUAUCAAGUUCCUUAUCCUGGACCUGCACCAAGUUACUGGGCUCGACUACUCUGCUGGCGAGGCUUUCGCCACCAUCCGCCGGCUGCUUAGCAAGAAGGGGAUAGAAUUCAUCCUGAGCGGGGUGGACGGCAGCAGCGCUCUAUGCCACAACCUGAGGGCGCUAGGUGUAGGGGAAGACGAGGCCACAUUGCUGCCCGAUCUGAACUCAGCUCUCGAGGCGUGCGAGAACGAGCUGCUCAAGACUCUGUACGCACAACAAGAGGCAGUAAAGGCCCCGGUUCAUGUUGGAGCAAGCAGCUUGGAGGUCCCAACCAAUGACAGGUCGCCCGGACCUCUAGAGCAGCUGGCCAGCUCUCCUCGCCGAAACCACCUGUACGAGGCGGCUACCCGACUUGCGGAUGCCGGGAAGACUCGGCAGUCCAAGUGGCAGAGCUUCAGGGAGCCCCUGAGGCUGAUGCUGCAAAUAUUCCAAGACAUGAGCGACAAGAACGAGGACUUUUGGUUCCGGGCCUCCAGCUACUUUACGCGGAAAGAGUACCGGUCUGGCGACGUGCUGUACCGGCAGAGAGAGCCAGCCACCGGGUUCUAUCUGGUCGAGAGCGGCAUCAUCCGGAUGGAAUACGAUCUUCCGCAGGGGUACCUCUGCGAGAGCAUAGUGGCUGGGACGACAUGCGGCGAGCUUCCUUUCUUCUCCGAGACGAAUCGCACGGCGACAGCUGUCGUUGAGCGUGACUGUGUGGUCUGGCUCAUCGAUCGGGAGGGCUGGGACAAGCUGCAAAAAGAAGAGUCGGACGUUGCGCAAGAGCUCCUCCGCAUGGGCCUCAAGCUGACCAGCGAGCGCAUGAGUGUCAUGACUUCAUACGUCUUGACGGUGGCCUCUUGA